CUUUCUCUGAAGGGGCUUGCCCUGCCUUAGCCUCCCUGCACCAGUGGCUGUCUCCUCUGGUAUUCCAAGCCUCUCCCUGGGGAGGGCAAGAGAUGGCCAAGCAGGAAAGCUCUGACGUGUGUUUCUGAAUUUGCAGAUGUGCCAUUGAGUUGUGGAAGGCCUUGGGUGAAGAACCACAGCUCAGCAGGGAGGUGCUGCAGCAGCUGCUGGACAAGCUCCAGCAGAGACGCCGGGAGGAGAAGAGCAGCCAUGUGUCUCUAGCUGCAAUGAAGACCAUUUAUGAGCUCCUUUUCCUACGGGGAUACCGAGAAGCCAUCCUGCAAAUGUAUCCCCAGCUGCUCAUUCUCUGCGUCAGGCAAGUGCAGUACGUGCUGGAUCUGCACUUGCCAGGGACCUACAUGGCCAGGCAGACAUCCAGCCCCGAGGAGGGAUCCAGCUGCCUCAGCCCCCUAAGCACCUCAGUGGAGGCUGUGAAGACGCUUUUCUCCAUGCCCGGCUACUGGAAGGAAUUUGCCAGCAUCCACUUUCAUCGGGGUUGGGACAUGAUAGCCUCCCGAUAUCACUACUCGCAGGGGGUUGGCCUGAUUGCAAGAGCCAUGAUCGAGUUUGAGAACCCUCAGCUCCCUGCAGUUUUCAGAGAGGCAAUCACCAUCGUCCAGAGUGGGAAGGAGGAGGAGCAGAGAACUAUCGCCCUGGCUUUCUGCACUGAGUUUCUCCAGAGUCCUUCCAUUGACACCAUCCUGACAAGAUCAGUCCUCCAGGCACAGCUCAUGGACUGGACCAAAGAUGCCAAUUCCAUCAUACGGAGGCUCAGUCUGCGAGGUCUUGGCAGUAUUGUGUUCCAGCCAGAAAAGGUGCAAUUCUUACGGGCCCAGCUGACAGCAAUCCUGGCCGUCUUUUGUGACAGGGAUGGAGGGCGUGUCCUGGAGGCCAUGCAUAAAGCUGCAGACAUCAUCCACCUCCUCAACAGGGAGGGGCUUGGCUCCAUCUCCCAGGAUAUUGCAGUCAGCCUUCGCCCCUUCAUUGAUGAUGAGAAGGGCAGUGUGCGCUCAGCUGCCAUUGUACUGCUUGGCAACGUGGUGAGCAGGGUGCAGGACCCCGACAAACCCUUGGUGCAGCAGGAAAUUAUCCACUGCUUGCUCCCCCUGCUGCUGCAUCUUGAAGACCAGGAAGAGAGUGUGAAACUGCACACUCCUGUGGAGAACAAAUUAUAG